AUGCACAGGCUCGCGGGUCUCCUCCCCCAGUGGGGAACGACUGCCGAGUUGUCCUCGCCUUCCCUGUUCAUUCUCUCCUUCCUCGGCCUCGCUUCUCCUGCUACCGCAAUUCCUCUCCGCUCCCCGCCGCACUCUGAGCCUUCCGAGCCGUCGCUCCCUCUCGCUGUCUCUUCUCGAAAAGCUACGCUUCGCCUCCUUUCCAAUGGAGACUGCUUCCCUGCGCUGUCCUUUCCGCCUUCUCAGGCGACUUCAGCUGCCGUUGCUUCUUCUUACUUCCCGUUCAAACGUCUCUCUCCUCCCUGUUCUCCUUCAGCAUUCGUCGAGGCUUCAGCUGCCGCCCCUCCCGCUGUUUUCUCUUCGUUGGUCUCGCCUUCCGCUGCCUCGCGGUGGGCUUCUUCUUCUCGCCUCUCUCCUUCCUUCUCGCCUCUCUCACUCUCUUCUCGAUCGUUCUUCUCGCUGAGAAGCGCGUUCGCCGAACGCACCAGGCCUCGAGCUGAGCAGGAGGCCGACCAAUAUGAGGGCCCAGCUUCGCCAGAGUUUGAGGCUUCCAAGGUGCACAGGGCGACAUAUCAACACCAGACAGAAAGCCUCGGCAGUGCCUCUGUCUCCGGCAAUGCCUCUCCUGCCUCUGAGUCCCCCGCUGCCUCCGCGGGGAUCCGAGACGCCCGCGGGGCAUUGGACCCUCCUUCUUCGCUUGCGUCUCCUUCGCCUGCGUCUUCUUCGCCUGCGUCAUCUCCGUCGUCUCCGUCCUCCCCUGCGCGUGCUCCUGUAGAGGCCACGGCUGCUGCACAGAAGGGCGAUACCCACGCGGAAGAAUGGGAUCCAGCGUCUCUGUUUGUCGAGCCGACAGACUUCGCCGGACCGUCUGACGGGUCGUACGCUGCCGUUCUCUACGAGCGCAUAAAAGACCACACCGACUCGUGGCUGUCCAACGGGGCCGCUGUGAACUGCGCCGCCGACUUGCUCCUCCUCGCCAAGGACUCCCUUGACUUGCCGUGGGCUGUCGCCCUACCGAUUAUCGGCUGCGCGCUACGGUUCCUCACGCUCCCCUUCGCCAUCGCCGCCGAAAGAGACAUUCGCCUUCGGGGACUGCACGGCGCGGAGUUCAUGGAACUGAACAAGAUGCUGAAGGAGAAGCAACGAGUUGGGCUGGGGUCGCCGGAGUUUCUAAAGGAGCGCGAGAAGGUGAAGAAGUUCAUCGAAGCGCACAACCUUUCAGUUUUCCCAAUGUCGUCCGUGCAAAUGCUCUUCAUUGGCAUCACCAUCAGUCUUUUCUCCUAUGCCCUUCGGAACAUGGCAGUCCGCGUUGAGGAGUUCCCCGCCUUCAUUGCGGAACAUCCUGGCUGGUUCGAGACUCUGGCGCUGCCCGACCCGACGCUGGCCACGACAUUUCUGACAAUCUUUGGAGGCCUCUCCAUCCUGAUUGCGGGGUGGAUGGUGUCCGAUAAACUAAAGAAGUUCAGCCCAGUAAAAUCGACCGGACCGCUGAGUCCCGCUGCGGCGCGCCUUCUACCGUCCGUGAUCAUUAUUGCGUACGCAACGUUUAUGGGGACUGCAUUUCCUGGAGGGCUUGUACUCCUUCUUCUUCCUGCUGCCUUUCUCCAAAUCAUUCUCGCGCGGCUCUUCCGGCUUCGCUCCGUCACACGUGCACUCAAUUUCGUCCCAGAUUCUGCGAAGCCCCUUCACGCUGUACAUGCAGACAUUCUACGUCAGCGCGUCCCUGAGCUGGUGAAAGAGUGGGAGAAAAGUGCCGCGGAGAAGAAUCUUUCCCCGCGCAAGAUGGGGAAGGGCAUCGUUGCUUUGUGGAAAGAAAAGUGCCUGGACCCGAAAUUCCAAACGCUCCUGAAGAAGAGCAUGCAACAGAGAGAAUCACGAGGACGAGAAGGAGGCGCUACGCGUCCCCUGACGCUGCUGCGGCCGAGCACUGGACUUAGGCGAGAUCACUUUUGA